AUGAGCUUCAGAGUCACCGCUGCACACUCGAGUCGGAUAACCAAACCCAAAAAGGCGCCGGCUUUCAAACGAAGCUCAUCAGGAUCGUCGCCUUACUCCGCUCUUCCUCGGCGAAAGCCCGCUCCAAACUCACGAUCGAAGAAACAAGCUCCGGAUGACGAUGAAGACGACGACGACGAUUACUUCGGCGACCGCCUCGAAGAUCUCGGGCUCGUCAAAGCCCUAGCAACCGACUUAACCCUUCGAGAUGUUCCGCAAGCUCUAUUAUAUACCAGGGGGAAGAUGUGGAGUCCGAUACCAGAGCGACGGGCUGGAAUGAACUCGACUCGAAUUGCGGAGACAUUGAACUUUCGAGCAUCUCUGCCGCCUAUCGUUACCGUGUCGCAUAUACAAGCUCUACUGAAUUCGCCGACUACAGUGGAGAAGGAGAUGGCAGAGCUGGUCAAGAAGGGAGCCAUAAGGAGAAUCACGGUAGGCGGACGGGGGAACUUGGGAGAAGUCUUGAUCUUGACUAAGGAUCUGGACGACAUGAUCGCGAAAAGUAAUCUGAGUCAGGAUGUUAAGGAGAAGUUCACCAAGAUAUUACACACCCACCCAACGGCGCUGGGAAUGCCUCGCUCGGGGUUCCUAGAUGAGGAGUUUAAAGAGCUGAUGCGUGCAGGCUUCAUCACCUCCUCAACCCCGGGUGGCACAUUGUCGGAUUUCUUCUCCCGCCCCGCGGAGGGCUCGCGGGGUACGAUGACUUCCAUCAAUAGCAUAUCUAGGGCCGCAUCGGGUAGUCUAGCAGCAGUUGGCGGCGAAGGCGCUGUUCACGAGGCUGGUGGCAGUGGAGGAGGUGUUAAAACCCCGUCUGGCUCUGGGGAGCUCUCUCUGGCGCUUCCUGCCACGGGAUCUUUCCUGAAAGUGCUAUCGAACGCGCGAUCCCAUCUCGUGUCCUUGCUAUCAAAAUCCAAAUUCCGUCAAGCGCCCGAGACGCUCCUCCGUCAGCGCUGGGACGGCGGCAUUGGCGCGGAUGAUGAGGCGAGUGCCGCUCGGAGGAACAGAGGGGAGUUCGACGGAGUGCUGCCGGGCCGGACCAAGAAGUGGAAGCAGUUCCACGGCGUCUCGUUUGAAUGGGUGCUCGGCGAGUGUGUCGGCGCCGGGCUGGUUGAGGUGUUCAAUACUGGGAGUGUAGGGAGGGGCGUUCGUGCGUUGUGA